GAUUAUUGUUUUCAAGGCUUGUGCCGUAACAAAGGAAAGUGCAUCGACCUGAAGGAUGGUUACAGAUGUGAGUGCCAGGAAGGCUUUUCUGGAAAAACUUGCAAAAUUGAAGACGCAUGCAGUAGCAGACCAUGUCUGAACGAUGGGAUGUGUGCUCUGGAUGGAACUUCAUACAAAUGUAAUUGUGUCAAAGGAUUCACCGGUGCGACCUGUGGAAAGGAAGGUGGAUUUGGUUUUUAUUUUUAA